GGUACGACCAAAUUUUGUAGUCUCGUGGCGAGAAGCUCGGCGGCGACAGCGACGAUACGACGGCGAAAUUCCGUCCGGAGAGCUUUGAGUUGCUCCACAGUAGCUCCCCGCAUUGUACAUAAGAAAUCAAUAGCAGCCCCGCCAUGGACAUAGAAACGUCGCCCAUUCCACACAACCUCGAAUCCUCACGAUAAAGCCACUGCAGAUCUCAAGAUGUCUAGGCCCCAGCACACCCGAACCGCCUCCACAAACUUGGGCAGCGGCUCCAGCCAGCGUGUUCUUGAGGGAAAGGUCGCGCUUGUCACAGGAGCAUCGAGGGGUAUCGGUGUUGAGAUUGCACGCAAUCUGGCUAGCAAGGGUGCCAAUCUUGUCCUCAACUACACUUCCGACUCGUCUGCCCAGGCCGCCGAAGACCUCGCGAGCGAACUACAAGCCGAGUAUGGCAUCAAGGCCAUCACCGUACAAGCCAACAUGGGCUCAGAGACCGGACCCAAGCACGCUGUUGAGGUAGCGGUUAACAACUUCAAACACCCGAAGACUGGCAAGUUCCAGCUGGAUAUCAUCAUCAAUAACGCUGGCGUCGCUGGGAACAACUUUGUGGAGAAUGUCGACGCUGAGGACUUUGCGAGACAAUACAAUGUGAACGUUCGUGGACCUUUACUGCUCUUGCAGGCUGCCAUUCCCUACCUACCAAAUGACCGGUCUGGCCGCAUCGUCAGUCUGUCAUCGGUCAGUGCUUCGUUGGGAUACAGGGGCCAGUCGAUCUACGGAGGAACAAAGGCUGCACUUGAGGCCAUGACAAGAACAUGGGCUCGUGAAUUGGCGGAGCGCGCGACUGUAAACGCUAUCAACCCUGGGCCAGUGGCAACAGACAUGUACUGGGGCAACGACGAAAAGUUCAUUGCUCAGAACAAGCCCUUCAUCGAGACCACCCCGCUCGCGGCCCCCAGGAAGGGAAUCGACGAGGACAGGAUCUACGAGGCGUCGCAAGGUGCGGGAGGACGACCAGCAUACAGUGAGGAGGUUGCAGGUGUAGUCGGUAUGCUGUGCCUGCCGGAGGCCGGAUGGACGACUGGCAGCGUUAUCUGCGCGAACGGUGGCAUGAAGUUCAGCGUCUGAGCGUAGUCAGGGAUUUUGAGAUGCAAGAGUUAGGGCGCAUGAUAAUCUC